AUGGAUCAAGACUUUUCCACGGAUUUGACCUCCGACUUCUUCGACGUCGGUGCUGCUCCACCCUCCGCAUUCGGAGAACGAGCCGCCGGUGCUCCAUCAGCAGCAGGCGGAGCUUCCACGUCAUCAGCCACCGGAUCGGCGUUGGCAGCCGCCUUGUUGAACGCGGCCAUUCGCUUUCUCUUACGACGAGAGCACCACACAAUCAACACCCAGAACACGAUGAUGGGGAUGGCGAUGCCGAGAAGAAUGACGAUGAGCAUCACGAUGCUCCCCGAGGAGCUCGAGUCGGUGGUACCCAUUUUUGGUGGAACAGCUGAAAAAAGAGCCGGUAGAGGAGUUGAGGGGGAGGGGGCUUACUUGUUCUUCCUUCUUGAAGUAGUUGAAGCGGAGAGACGAAAACUGAAACUGAUUGUCGGGGGUAGAUGUGGAAAGAGAGCGCUCGGUGGCCUAAGGCCGGGGGCAUCAUAG